GUUUCCGUAAUUGCAAGUAGGAUAAAGGAGUUUGAGAUAAAAAGGUCAUGGACAGAGGUGAGUUUGUUACACACAGAGCGAGCAUUCCAAAGGGCACAGGAAAAGGGGAGGCUGGUUCUAGGAAGAAGAGGAAUAGUAACCAAAUUGGGAUGCCGGGUGUGUUGGUCAAAGGAAAAAGAUGGCUACCCAAUAUUUGGGGAAAUGUCUCCAGAUGUUAGGAGAAGCAGAAGGGUGAGAGGUAAUAUGGGAGUAUGACUUAUAUGGAGGGACAGGUCCCAGUGUCCUGGAGGUUUUCUUAAUAUGUGGGUUCAGAAUUAGC